AUGGACAUGCUAGGGGACCUUGAGUCCCUACAGUUUGAGUAUGGGAUUCAAGAGGAAGAUCGCAGCUGGCUGUAUUUGCAGGGCCGUUCUCGAGGGCUGAUGAUCAAGGCCUGUGCCCAUGCAACCUUCUUCUGCAAGCUACUUUGUAACUUGAGAGAAUCAUUCCAUGAGAAGCAGACUUCCAGCUGUCCCUUGACUGGAUUGCUUACUGGCAUUCCCGAUGAUGAUGAGUUAAAGGUGGGCAUCAUUGGAGGUGGCCACCUUGGGAAGCAACUGGCUCGUGUACUGCUUCAGCUUGUCCCCAUCCCUGCUGAGAACCUGAGGAUCUCCACUCGGAGGCCAGAGGCCCUGGAUGAUUUCCAGAAACUGGGAAUCCAGUGUUUUUACCAUAACCCUUAUCUGGUGGACUGGGCCAACGUGCUGUUCCUCUGCUGCCUGCCAUCUCAGCUGCCUAAUAUCUGCCUAGAAAUUCAAACCCGCCUGGAGAAAGGUUGCAUCGUGUACAGCUUCGUGGCUGCCGUCCCAAUAGCCAGGUUGAAACUCCUACUGAACCACACCAAUAUCUUGCGGCCUCAGUAUCAGUGUGUUGGAAAUUUUGUCAACAUCUGGGGGGCCAACAAGGACAUCACAGCUGCCCUCCAAGAUCCUGUGAUUCUUCAGGCUACCUGUCCCUACAGUCCUGCUGGGGGAAUAAUCCUCAAUAUCAAGUGGUUGGAGGGAGUGUUAUACGUGGUCCUAAACAUCUGCACCGCAAGGGACAUGCCUCACUUACAAGUGCUGCAGCUUCUGAAUGAACUUUUACUCUCUGUGCACUUUGAAGACUGUGAGAAAGAUGGAGCAUCUUGCCCCAAAUUUCAAUUACAUGAUUUUGUCAGCCAAAUCUAUAGCAAGAACCUAUCUCAGCAAAGGCCUUUCCCCUGGUUUGACCUGACUGCUGUGCAACUCAAGGAAACACCCUUUGGUCAGCAUCUCUCAGCCAGUACUGCUCUCCAGGACCACCUUACCUAUCGAUACUGUGAUUCAUUUGGUAUCUCCCUACCCCAAGGACAGCAGCCAGGGGUUUCCACAGGCUCUGACUCUCAAUAAGAGAAGAGACCUUGGGAAUCAGAAUUUUUUUCCCUCCACAAUGCUUGUACCCUGAUUAUCACAAUUGACACUGGGAGUCUUGUGAGUGUACUGUGUUUGCCACAUGUUUGGGCAUUAAGGAAUUAGAAAAUUGUACUAAUGUCUUUAACAUAUAGAAUAAAACAAGAGGUCUUUUACAUCAGU